UCACGCGCACGCCCCAAGACGAGGGGGACGGAGGGGAAAGAGAGGGAGAGGGAGCAAUGACUCGCGGCAAGGUUGGUUCGGUGAGGGCCGCCGUCAACCUCCGCGACCGCCUCGCGAGGUUUAUGAAGCGCAAGGAUGGGCUGAAGCGGAAGGCCGAAGAGCUGUCGACGCGCUGCGCCGUCGACGUCGCGGUGGUCUGCACGGGCCCCGGCGGCCGGGGCGACCCGGAUUGCUGGCCGUCCAAGGAGGCGGCCACCGAGGUGGCGAGGCGGUACAGCGCGCUCGACCCGGCGCAGCGCGCCAAGCACACGGAGGACCACGCCGCCGGCGUCGCGCGCCGGCUCGCGGAGGAGCGCGAUAAGCUCGUCAGAGCGCGGGAGGGCGGCGUGCCCGGCUCGCUCGGGUCGUGGGACGGCUCGCUCGAGGGCGUGUCCGAGGAGAAGCUCCGGGAGCUGCUCGCCUCAAUCGAUGGCUCCCUGGUGGCCGUGAAAAACAGGGUCCUGGAGCUGCAGGCGCCGCUCGGCGCCGCGGCCGAUCGCGCCACGUUAUGGUCGGUUCUCGUGCACGAUGACAACGACAUCUUUGUGCCGCCGCAUGGCGAAGCCGACGCCGGUGGCGGAGGGCUCCAUCCACCACCUAGUAAAAACCCCAACUCGCCCAAUGCCGUACCCGUGGACGCGGGCGAGGAGGUCGUGGCGGAAAACAUCGUGACGGCCGAGGAUGCCGGGGACGAGGUGCAGAUGCUCCAGCCACCACGCGACGCCGACGAGUGGAUGCGGGGUCCUGUUGAUGAUAUCAAGAAAAGGCCCCAGCCGUACAACCCCGCGGCGUACGACACCCGGAUCCAGUACAUCAGCGUGGGCAGGUUCAUGAUGGAGCUCGACACCUACGAGUUCAUCCGCUUCGACCUCGGGAUGCCUCCGCCGUGCAUCGCGCCCAAUUCUCUGGACGACGACGACGGCGAGCCGCUGAAGCUCUGGUCAUGGGACAACACCAUGCCACGCUUCUAA